AUGAACCUCAGCGACAACAAUUUAAACGAUUAUAAAUUUCCAGGAAAUCAUUCAUCUAUGUCAAAUUCAAGUAGAAUGUCUGAAAUUUGUAAUCCUUUUCACACUUACUUAAUUGCAGGAUAAAUCAUUCCCAAAAAUUUAUCUCCUUAAGAAAUACAAGAUAUCCCUUUUGAAGAAUAGAGCAAUGAAUAUAUUAAUUCACCAUAAAUCGAUUCAUAAAAGCAUAUCGUACCAUCUCUAAAUCAGAAAGAGUGUACACCUACAUCUGAAUAAAUAAGAGGAAAAUAAGAAUUAUUUGAAUAAUAGAGCAAUGAUUAAAGACAAUUACAUUAGUUUAUUAUUAUUAAGACUUUAGUUAAUUCAUUUGUUGAAUAGCUAAAAAAAAAAGCCUAUAUUUUUCCAAAAUCCUUUAAUAAAGAUUUUAUGUUGAUUACCUAGGAACGAUACUUGAAAGACGUAAAACUUCAGUCUAAAGAUAGAGAAGAUAAUAGCAGAAGCUUCUUAUAUAAACUUCCUAUCAUCCCACCUCAAGGAACAUUUGUUUUAGUUUGGGAGUUGGUCUUAUUUCUUCAAAUCAUGUUAAUAACCUUUUGGGGGCCAUUUUUGGUUUCUUUCCAACCAGACACAAGCACAUUCAUAGUUGUUUUUGAAAACUUCUUAAGAUAUAUCGGUAUAAUAGAUAUCCUAAUCAAAACAAAUAAAAGUCUCCUUGUUUAAGGAUCAAUUCUAGAAAACAGAAAGUUAAUACUAAUAUAUUACGUAAAGACUGAUUUAACAUUUGAUUUAAUGUCUAUAAUAAUUCUAUUUGUUAAUGACUCUAAAUACUCGAAUAGCAUUGAAUUAAUUUCCCUUAUUCUGGCUGGAAUCUAAGUUUACAUAACUAUUAAAAGAUUGAGACAUUUUCUAGAAAAACUAUAAGAAACUUUUGAUGAAUAUUAAAACUUUUUUGAAUUGACGAAAGUGUUGUUGAUAGUAUUUAUAUUUGCUCAUAUAACUGCUUGCAUUUGGCAAAAGAUAGCAUUAUUAACUGAAGAAAUCGGAUACAAUACUUGGAUGUCUUUGAUGACUAUGCAUAAUGAUACUAUUUGGAUUAGAUACAAUUAUUCUUUUUAUUGGUCAACUAUGACUAUGGUGACAGUAGGGUACGGUGACAUCACUCCUCAAAAUCCUUUUGAAAUGCUAUUUUGUAACUUAACCAUGAUUGUUUCAAGUGCCAUAUUUGGCUAUUCUCUUAAUUCCAUAGGAAUGAUUCUAUAAAAUAUUAGUAUCAAAGUUUAAAAAUAUAAAAAAUUUUCAGUAUAAAUGAAUAGAUAUAUGAAUUAGAAUUAAGUCAAUUAAUAAUUGCAGAGCAAAAUCAGAAAUUAUUUAAAAUUUUAUUUUGAGCAAGAUAGUGGCAAAAAUGAUGAUGAAAUCUCUUCGAUCAUUUAAAAAUUGACUCCUAAUUUAAGAUAAGAAUUAAUUUAUGAUAUAUAGAGCAAACCCUUGUAAAAUUGCUAUUUUUUUAAAUAUCAUUUAUCUUAAGAAAUUUAAAAACAGAUAGCAUUCUCUUUGUAAUCUCAUCAUUUGAAUCCAUAAGAAAUAAUCUACAAUAAAAACUGCAUUGAAGAUGACUUAUCAUUGUAUAUAUUAGUAAAGGGAGAAGUGAGUCUAAUAGAUUAGUAAAGUGGUUAAACGUUGUGUAUAUUGCAUAAAGGAGACUGCUUUGGUGAAUAUGAAUUCUUUACAGGCGAAUAAAGAAAAUGCACAGCAAAAAGUAUGACAUUUAGUCAAAUCUAUAAAAUCUCUCGAAAUUAAACUUUAGAGAUUCUAAAUUCAAAUUAAGAAGACAAGGAAAAGUUUUUUAGCAUUAAAGACCAUCUAUUAUUGAAGAUCCCUUGCCAACAUUCAGGAUUAAAAUGUAAUUGCUGUCAAAAAUCUACACAUUUCAUAACUGAUUGUCCAUAUGUGAGAUAUAUUCCAGACUUAGAGAAACUGAUAAAGAAGGAAGGCUUUCUAUUUUAGCAAAGGAAAUAUUAGAAAAGAACCAAACGAAAGAGUGGAAAUUCAUUAUUUAAAUUAAAAGAAAAUUGUAACUAGUGUGUCAAAUUUAUUACUGAAUCAAAACUAUUUGAAAAUGAUGAAUUAUCUGAAUUGUUUCAUCCUCCCUCUCCAGAUUCAUCUGAAACAAAUCAAGCAGAAGAUAAACCUGAAGAGAAGGAGAGUUCACUGGAAAAGGUUUAUACAAGAAAUAGAUCAAGAUUUAAGUCAAUGUCUUCAGAGAAGCCUUAAUCAUAACAGCAUCAACAAUAUUAAGAAUAGAAAAUAUCUUUAAAAUUUUUGGAUAAAACUUAUAAUAGGGCAAUGUCACAAGAAAAAUCGAAAUAAACAAUUCGUAAUAGUGAAAAAAAUGGUCUCUAAAUAUCUGUUACUAAAAUAAUGCCAGAAUAUGAGAAAAGCUCUUAUGAACCUACGAUCAGAACAAAGGGCAAAAAAAGUGUAGAAAAUACAGAUAUCCAUAGUAAUUUGUCUGCAAUUAACAAUGAUAUCUAAAAUUAGCAAGGAGAACUAAAAAUCAAUGAUAUCGUCCCUUAAUUUUAAUGCUGCGAUAUUGACAGGAUGGAAUCAUUUAAAUACUACUUUAGUCAUUAGAAUUUUCCAUAAAUUAUUCAAGAUUAUUAGAAGUCUUAAAGAUAUAUAAAAAUAUUAUCUAGAAAAAAUAUUGGAAAGUAUGCUAUUUACUAUAAAGCCAAAAAGUUCAAAACCUAAUACAAAUUAAAAAGAUUGAAAUAGGUAGCAAGAAGUUCACAGGUAAUAUAGUUUUAACCAAGAAGAAGCAAAUAAGCAAAAACUAGUAUCUUCUAUCAACCUCCACCUUUAUCACAUGAAAAAUGAUGAAAGUGUUCAAAUUUGUAUUUAUAAAUAGAAUUUUAA